UUCUCGGGCCGCUCUCUCUCCUCUUUCUCCAUUCUCCCUGCUUGCGCGCGCAGCUCCGGCCUGUCCCCCUUCCCCCUGCCGCGCCUCCUGCUGUUCCCGCGCGAGCGAGCGAGGAGCGAGUGAGCCUCAGAGCGGCAGCGGCGGCGCCAUGACGGCGGAGGAGCGCGGGGCUGAGGAGAUGAGCGCGGCGGCGGCGGCGGCGGCGGCGGAGGGCCUGGACAUCACGGCCAAGAGCGACGGCGGCGUCCUCAAGGUGGUCAAGAAAGAAGGGACGGGCACUGAAUGCCCCAUGAUAGGGGACAAAGUGACCGUCCACUACACUGGAUGGCUUCUGGAUGGCACCAAGUUUGACUCCAGCCGGGACCGAAAGGACAAGUUCUCCUUCGAUUUUGGAAAAGGUGAGGUGAUCAAAGCAUGGGACAUCGUGGUGGGAACGAUGAAGAUCGGAGAAGUUUGCCAGAUUGUCUGCAAACCAGAAUAUGCCUACGGCUCUGCUGGCAGCCCCCCCAAGAUACCUGCUAAUGCCACCUUAUUUUUUGAGAUAGAACUGUUUGAGUUCAGGGGAAAAGACUUAACGGAUGAGGAAGACGGGGGAAUAAUUCGUCGGAUCCGAAAGAAAGGAGAAGGCUAUUCGAAACCCAACGAGGGAGCCUUGGUAGAGAUUGAGAUCGAAGGCCGGCACGGAGAUCGCGUAUUUGACCAACGAGCGUUGCGGUUUGAAGUAGGCGAGGCAGAAAACUACGACCUCCCUCCCGGCUUGGACAAAACGCUACAGAAAAUGGAAAAGCUGGAAGAGGCCGUGGUUUAUCUCAAGCCCAACUACGGCUUUGGAAGUUUAGGGAAACCAAAGUUUCAGAUCCCUCCCGAUGCCGACUUGCAAUAUGAAAUCAAACUCAAAAGCUUUGAAAAGGCAAAAGAGCCCUGGGAGAUGAACACCCAAGAGAAACUGGAACAAGGCAGCAUUGCGAAAGAAAAAGGCACCCAGUAUUUCAAAGAUGGGAAAUACAAACAAGCCACGUUACAGUACAAGAAAACCGUAUCCUGGCUGGAGCACGAAACCGGCCUGUCGGAUAUGGAGAAGACAAAAUCCAGGGACUUGAGGCUGGCCGCCCAUCUCAACCUGGCCAUGUGCCAUUUAAAGCUGAAGGAGUAUUCCCAGGUCUUGGAAAACUGCAAUAAGGCGCUGGAACUGGACUGCAACAACGAGAAGGGUCUCUUCCGGCGAGGGGAGGCUCGGCUGGCCAUCAACGACUUUGAGUUAGCCAGGGCAGAUUUCCAGAAGGUGCUACAGCUCUACCCAAGCAACAAGGCAGCCAAAGUCCAACUCACGAUCUGCCAGCAAAAGAUCCGCGAUCAGCACGAAAGAGAGAAGAAAAUGUACGCCAACAUGUUCCAGAGACUGGCAGACAAAGAAACCAAGCUGGGAGCCGAUCCCGGGUGCAAAGAAGAGGCCGAGCUGAAAGAGGGCAAGCAGAACGGCGUGGAGGAGAAAACAGAAGUCGACAUAGAGAUUUGAGGCCGAAGGUCGACCCGUUAGUUUUCUAAAACUGAAGAGUUUCCAGUGAUCUAGACCUUUAUUUUUCUAUCUGAUUAUUCAGUCGGGGGCAACGGCUGGGGGGCUGUUUAGCGUCUCUCUCUCUUUAUCUCUCUCUCUCUCUCUCUCUCUUAGGGAACGGUGGCAGAGCAGGGCCAAGUAACGUUUGAUGUGUUAUUUAUUCGGUCAUGCAUCCUUAUUCUCUUGUGGUUGUUGAUUCUCGGACGUUCCGUUAGGAUCCCUUCUCUUUGAGUUUCCUCUCCUCCCUGGCAAUCUUUCUCAGGGUCCCAGCUUGGCCUAAUCCAGUUUCACAUUUUACUCCCUUCCCCUCCUUUACUCUCCCCCUCCCCAUUUUUAAAGAAAGUUUUAUCUGCACAUGCACACAGCUAUUGCUGAGGGGCCUAAACACACAACAGUUCCCUUCUGCGGUCUCUCUCUCUCUCCCCCUCUUCUGUCUAUCUACAAUAUCUGUUUCUCUCCCUCCCUCCCUCCCUCCCUCUCCCUCCUGUCUAUC